AUGGCAACGGGAACGGCUGGUAGAGGCUUCCUCAGGCCUCUUCUCUUCAUCAACUUCAUCAUGUACAUCACCAUCCUUGGCCUUGCCGGAUGGUCUCUUGAUAAGCUCAUCGACGGCGAGAGCCACCGACAUUUAGGAGGUAGGAAUACGUCGACGGGCUACUUGGUGAUCUUCUCAUUGAUGACUGGAGCGGUGGGCGCAUGCUCCGUGCUGGCAGGGCUGCUGCAUACGAGGGCGUGGCGGAGUGACAGCUUGGCCAGUGCAAUCUCUUCUGCUUUGGUUUCUUGGGCUCUCACGGCCCUUUCAUUCGGUCUUGCAUGCAAGCAUAUCAAUCUCGGAAACCGAGGGAGGCAUUUGAGGACUUUGGAAGCUUUUAUCAUAAUCUUGACAUUCACACAGCUGCUAUACCUGAUCCUGCUACAUGCUGGCAUCAUAAGCAGCAGAUAUGGCCCUGGUUACAGGAACUAUGGCACUGACUAUGGAGCAAUGUCUCAUGAAGCACAGAAGGAUUCAACAACCACAGAACCUCCAGAUGCCUAA